AGGCCCCUCACUCCUUCCCCACAUCACUAUUUCUUUUCUCUCUUUCUCCACAAGAAGUCUUGUACCCUUUUGUCUGGUGCAAAGGCCAUGGCUAAGCUUGUCUUUGUUCUGCUUCUAGCACUCCUUGGCAUUUCCAUGAUCGCAACUCAGUGUAUUGCAAAAGAUGCUGCUCAAUAUCACUUGGACAGUGGGAAUUAUGGACCUGGGAGUCUACAGAGCUACCAGUGCCCAUCUCAAUGCUCAAGAAGAUGUGGCCAGACACAAUACAAAAAGCCAUGCAUGUUCUUCUGCCAAAAAUGCUGUGCUAAGUGCUUGUGUGUUCCUCCUGGCUACUAUGGGAACAAGUCUGUUUGCCCCUGCUACAACAACUGGAAAACCAAGCGUGGAGGACCCAAAUGCCCUUGAAAUUAGACAUGAUUUUAUCUCCAAUUUUAUAUUAUUCUAAGAAGUGGAACUAUGGGCACUGGUAUUUUUGGGUAGCACCUACUACAAUUGGGUCAUUAUCACUAAGACUACUAUAACCAUCUUGUUCCCUGCAAUGAUAUUAAUUAAAUCAUUAAUUUUAUGUAAACCCCUCUCCUAAACAAGUAUG